AUGAUCCCCCUAAAUCUUUUUCUAUUUUGCAUACUAUACUUCUCAAGCUUGGUAUGGUCUACUUCCACCAGUAUUGACUCUACUGGGUCGUUCAACUGCGCUAGUGAUGCAAAUCUGGCUGUUAUUAAGGUGACGGAUUUUGUGUUCAAAUUUGACAGUGUCUCUCAUUCUGUCUACUAUUCGGCAACCGGUACCGCAUCAGAAACCGUUAAUGCUACGGCCAAGAUCUCUUUAUUCAUGUAUGGGAUCAACGUUGCCAAUAAUGAGGUGAAAUUCUGUGAAGAUGGCGUUAGUGAGUUAUGUCCAAUCACCAAGAAUACUGAUGUCACCAUCACUGGGAACCAUACCGUCCCAGAAUCCUACGUCUCUUCGAUUUCUACUUUGGCCUAUACCAUUCCUGACUUGGAGGGCCAGAUAUAUAUAGAGCUAUACGAUGUUGAUGAUGAAACUAAUCAGUUGGGGUGUUUUAGAUCCGAUAUUACUAACGGAAAUACUACUGAAGUGGCCAGUGCUAAAUGGGGUACUGCCGUCGCCGCCAUCAUCGCCUUGGUGGUCGCCAUGUCCACCUCUGCCACCUCUCAAGCUGGCGGAGGAGCCACUGCUCCAACUGAUGGCGGGGCCAGUAAUGCUGCUGCUGCUGGUACCACUGCCGCUGGUGGUAAGGCUGCCGCAACGGCUGCUGCCCCAACAUCAGGCCCAGGUACCAAUGUCGCAGCAGGAGGUUUUCAUGCCCCAGGGGUUAAUAUUUUGGUUGGAUGGCUACAAACCAUGUCGAUAAAUGGGGUAUACUCUGUCGAUUAUCCAAAAGUGUAUCGUUCAUUCACCAGGAAUUUCAGCUGGACUUGUGGGGUUCUAGAAUGGACAAGCAUGGAAAAAUCCAUCGAUAGUAUGAGAUCACGUACCGGUGGUAAUUUGACGGAAUCUAGUGUUGAAGUGCUCCAAAACACCACGUUAUAUGAGGAUCCAUUGACUAGUUCAUCAUUGCUGGCUCUUAGUAGUAUAUCACUGAAUUCCACAUCUAAGCGAGCGGUGGAAGAAAUGGUGAAAAGGUACGACCAUGCUAAUGGAUAUUUUACCAUCAUUAAAAAACGAUCAAGUAUACCUACAACCUCCAGCAGUACUACAUCAGUCGGAACAUACUCUAAAUACGUGACAGGGAUCGAAGCAUACCUUGAAAAGAACAAUAUUCCUUUCACGAAUGGGUUUGUGACUUUGCUAAUCUGGUGGUGUAUUAUUGUUGCUGGGAUUGUAUUCUUCAUGCUUGUGUUCAAAUAUUCUCUCGAGUUAUACUAUACUGAAAAAAGAGUGAAGGAAAUGGAGCGUAGAUUGGAGGAAUAUGAAAGCACAAGUGCCAAUCAAACUCAAGAUCUGGAUUAUGAUGCCAAUCAAAGAAAGAUGUCCAAAAGUUCGGCAAUUUUUAGAAGAUUGUCAUUACGCGAUGCUUCAGCACUCCGUUCUAAUUCCAUAUUCAGCAGAUCUUCCAGACCUCCAACUAAGCCAAAGUUUCAAGGUUACAGAGAAAACUACAGAAACUAUCUUCGGAUCACUCUCAUUAGAGUGAUUGUUAUUCUAUAUGGGGUAUGGGUGCUUCUUUCGCUCUAUCAAUUCCGGAUUAAGGAUUCCUGGGCGACGAUUCUCUUAGCAGCAUUGACAUUUUCUAUCUUUACAUUCAUCUUGAUGGCAUUUGCCCUUCGUAUUUGGUAUUUGGCAUACAUUGCUAGCAAAAAGCAGGCUGCUGCUGAUGAAGAAGAACAGGUCAAUGGUCGAAGAUUUAGUACCCUUAGCGGCGCCCAUAGUUUAUUCCAUCAUAAGCCUUGGAUCAGCAGGUAUGGUGUGUUCUAUGAUGAGUUCAAAGUUGAUUUUUGGUGGGUGUUCAUGAUUAUCUUCCUUGCGGUGUUUGGAAGAAACGCGUUUAUUGCCUUGGGUGUUGGCCAUCCGUUGAUCCAGAUCUUUGGGCAAUUGGCCAUCGACGUGGUAUUAUGCGUAUUUUUCUGUAUAUACACUCCGUUCAAUACCAAAAUGGGCAAUGGUUUGAAUAUUAUCAUUCAAGUGGUCCGCAUCGUCAGUUUGAUCUUGACCUUCUUGUUCACCGAUGUGGUUUCAAUGAGCAGAAUUAAGUCCACGGUGGUGGGGUUCGUGCUUAUUGCGUUGCAAUCUUCAUUAACGGUUAUCUUGGUGUUACUUAUCUUGGCGAAUGCUUGCAAAGGGAUGCUCAAUACUCACUGGCAAAACACCAAGCAGAAGCGAAGAGAUAAGAGAGCUCUUAAAUUAGCUUUGAAGAAUCAAGAGAAAAGACCAAUCGAGGAAGAUGUUGAUCUUUUGGAUUUGGGCAAUGAUGAAGGAGACAUGCAAAAUAAGAACAGUAUCAAACUCAUUGAUUUAGAUAGUCCAACGGGUAGUGACUUCGAUGAGUAUGAUGAUGCCAGGGAUGGUAGUGGGUCAUUUAUGGAUUUCAGAGGCCCAGACCGUCCUCGCCGUGGUAGCAUAUUUGUCGAAGAUCCGAAUUUGAGCCAAUAUCAUCAUCAUGAUCAUUCAAAUCAAAAUGUUUUCAGUGAUAAUUUUGCCAUUGAUUCGGGCUCAAUAAGUAAUAAAAGCAGAAUAACCGCCGUGGAUCCGUUUAAAACUUCAUCAAGGGAUGACGACGAGUUUGAUUUUAUCGAUUUUGAGCAGGUCACAAAGCCAUCAGAUAAAGAAGGCACCAAAGGACUUGGAAAAGAUAUUAUUGAAGAUGGAUUCAAAUUAAACUACGAAAUUGAUGAUGGCAAAGAAGAUAGUGAUGAUGAGAGGAGAUUAUUGAGAAAUACCUAA